AUGGAUAAUGUUAAAGAAUAUUUAGAUAAAUGGGGAUUAUCCCAUUUAUGGGAAACUUUUGAAGAAGAAAUCCCUAGCAACUGUGACAUUGAUAUCAUCUCAUCACCAGCAUUGUCUCAAGCUGAUAUCCCUAGCAACUGUGACAUUGAUAUCAUCUCAUCACCAGCAUUGUCUCAAGCUGAUACUAAGUCGUUAGGCGAGUUAAGUUCCAAUUGUUCGAGUUCUGCCUCCUUACUCAGCGAAACAAGGGAUUUUUUAGAAGACAGAGUGCUAAAAGAAAUACCUGUGCCUUAUAAAAGACAAAAUGCUUUUAUUGGUGACUUUUCAAACGAAACAGAACCUUUGACCUACGAAUUUGACCUAAAAAAAUUAGUAAAUAAAAGUGUAACGGGGCAACAAAUAUUACGGGCUGAUAACCUAACACCAGUUUUGCGCAAUAAUCUUGUUUCAAUAAUUAUUAACGAAGAGCUUAGAGUUCACUCGGAUAAAAGAAUUCCUACCUCACGAUUUAUUCAGUUAGCACGCCAUAUUAAACAAACAUUUCCAAAAGAAUCACUGGCUACUUAUUAUACUCCAUAUGAAAACGUUGAGGGAAAGUACAAACGUUGUGCAAAGGAAGAGGGUUUUGAGCAAAUUCUCGAAGAAAAUACCCAAGACGUUCAAAAUAUUGAUGAUCUAAUUCUAUGGCUGAAAAACAAUUAUGAGCCCUGGCCAACUGUGGUGGAACAUUGGCAAAAAACAUCAAAAAGGAGAUUAAAAGCCUAUACUGAUAGUGAAUCCAGUAUUUUUAAUUAUUUAAAAACGUUUCCUGCUCUUACAAGACCUCUUGGAUAUACAUUGUUUAAACCUCGUAAUGCGUUUCACAACACAUGUAACAAUCGCUCGAGGCCAAACCCUUUGAUGCCGCCCUUUUCUUUCGACAGUGCAGCGUAUAGAGAGAUCGUGCCGGAUAACUCCUGGUAUCUCUUUCGCAAUUACCAGAGAGCACUUUGA